GUUCCUGAAUUUUGUUUCCUCCUAUGUGUUCUUGUUUUCUCUGUAUAGAUGUGAUUACAUUUGACUGGCAUACAUUUUACGUUUAAAUGCUGCCUGGUUCGUUGCUGUAUUUGUGGUAGAUCUGCGAACGAAAGCGAAUAAAGGUUCGCGCAGAGUGGACAUUUGCACAACGUAACGUGCUCUUGGUCUUAUUUAGGCUUUGAUCAAUUCUGUUUCAGGAGGAGGGAAACUUCGUAAGCCUGGAAAGCAAAUUGUGGCCAAAUUUGACUCCGUCUGUUAUCAUCACAUAAAAAACUAACAGUUUUAGUCAUACUGAAGGGAGCAACAAGAAGUCAUGUCUGGUAUAGCCUUAAGCCGCCUUGCUCAAGAAAGGAAGGCCUGGAGAAAGGACCAUCCUUUUGGUUUUGUUGCUGUCCCAACAAAAAACCCUGAUGGAACAAUGAACCUGAUGAACUGGGAGUGUGCCAUUCCGGGGAAAAAGGGGACGCCAUGGGAAGGAGGGCUGUUCAAACUGAGAAUGCUCUUUAAGGAUGACUAUCCUUCCUCUCCUCCAAAGUGCAAAUUUGAGCCUCCCUUGUUCCACCCAAAUGUAUAUCCGUCAGGCACUGUCUGCCUAUCGAUUCUAGAGGAGGAUAAAGACUGGAGGCCGGCCAUUACUAUCAAACAAAUAUUGUUAGGAAUUCAAGAGCUCCUAAAUGAACCAAAUAUCCAAGAUCCGGCACAAGCAGAGGCAUACACGAUUUACUGCCAAAACAGAGUGGAAUAUGAAAAAAGGGUUCGAGCACAGGCCAAGAAGUUUUCCCCGUAAGCUUCAAUACUUCACGUCAAAGGAUUGCUCAUGUUUUUUUGUGUCUGCUCUUUUUGGUCUUGAAAACUGUCCAUAGCAAACCUUUUUCCUGCUGGACAUUUUUUUUCUCUUUGUUUUUUUUUUACUGAAUGUUUUGUGCCAUUUUUCUGUCCUUAAACAUUCACCAUACUGAUCUGCCCCUUUAAACUUUUUGAUUUGGAGGUAUGGGAUAUGAGGGGAAAUGUACCACCAUAAUGGAUUUGCCGGACUCCCAUCUGUGGUACUUUUGAAAAGACUGAAUGAGAUCAAUGGAUGGGAGCAUCCACUUCUAUACAUUGUUCAACUUAAUGUAUUCAAUAAAUUAGCGGUUGUCUGCCUAUAUGCUAAACUUUUAUAGUAAUGAUAGGCAAGACAACCACAGUAAGUUCAGCAGUUAACUAAAUCACAAGUCUUUGUUUGAAGUAUUUAGAGUAAAUAAAAAAAUGUUUAUACAAAGUGUUAAAGCAUACAGAUACAUUCCAUCAUAUCACACUGUAUUGUAUUAUCAGAUGAUAAAGCUUAUGAACAAA